UCUUUCUCUCAAUCUCUAUAGAUUUCAUGGAGCCUAAAAGAUGUUGGAUGAUGUGGGAAAAGAAGAAGAAGAAGAAGAAUUUGAUUACUACUUCUUCUGAUCAUCAUUUUCUUCAAGCAACAACGACCACAAUCAAAUCUUCUUCUUCUUCUUUUGAUGAUUCAUGGGAAGAACAAGCUUUCGCCGAUGACGCUGCCGGUCGUCUCGGUGGUUGCGUUUGGCCACCGAGAUCCUACUCUUGCAGCUUUUGCAAAAGGGAAUUUCGGUCCGCGCAAGCCCUAGGUGGUCACAUGAAUGUUCACCGACGGGACCGUGCUAGGUUAAAGCAUGAAUCUUUCAAACCUCAGAUUGAAACCCAUCUUCAAAUUCCUCCAACUCUUCAACAGCAAGUUUGUGAUGAUAAUUUGGUGUUUAACCCUAACCCUAAAUCUUCAUCAUCUUUUUGCCUCUCAACUUUUCCUUCUCAAAACUUGGUGGAAUCUGAUCUUACCCCUUUAACAACAACAACAGCAACCCUUCAUAAGUGGCAUCAAAGUUCGGACCUUUCUCAAAAAACAAGUGAUGAUAAUGAUCUUCUCAAGGAUGAAGAAGCAGCUGUUUUUUGCAAUAAAAGAAAGAGAACAUCUGAUCAUUCGCCGUCGUCUACAGUGGCGUUCUUUUUCCGAUCAGAGGUAAUUGGACUUAGCCAUAGCUCUGUCGAGGAUUUGGAUCUCGAGCUCCGCCUCGGCGGUGGCCGGCCAAAGCUAAAAUAAAAUUGCACCGCCGUGAGUGACUUUAUGAUCUAUAGUUUGUUUUUCUCUUUGUUGUUUCCAAUUCCCUUUUGGAAUUUUUUUUUCUGAUCAUGUCAGUUCUUGACUACUACUCCUUUUCUCUAUCAGCAAGAUUGUAGAAAAAUUUAACAAUAUUGCUCACACAAGGCGAUUGAAGAAAGGCAAAAAAAAAAAAAAAAAAUUGAAACUUUAAUUUCUUGCUUUGAAUAAA